AUGUCAGAAGUUCAACUAAGUAUUAUCGUUUAUGGUACUUCCGACAUUGUAGAAUCAACUGAAUUAUGUUUUCCAAUUCCUAUGGUCAUAGCUCAAGAUGUAUCAUCUCUUCUCUAUAAAGUGAGCAACAGUUCUAAACUUACAGAUUUAAGAUUAAAACGUUAUUUUGUAUUACUCCUCGAAUCGAUUGGAAAAGAUGAAGAUCUUUUCUAUACACAAAUGGAAGAAAAUUCUCAAGUAAUAUCUAUAUUUUAUAUUUGGAAUGAAAGUUUUAUACCUACGUUUAAAAUCACCAAAUUAUAUUAUAUACCAAAAGAAUCGAUUAGCCUUGCUUUGACAUUGAGUAUAAUUCAAUUUUUAAGAAACGAAGCUGACAAACAAAUUAAAUCGGAUCAAAUCCCAUUGGCAAAAUUAUAUUUAAGAAAAGCAGAGAAAACUAAAGAAUGGAUUAUGUCGAAUUUAAGAGCUGAACCGUGUCAUAUAUUAGUAAUACCUCUGAAUACUAAUAGUACAAAUUUGACUAAUACUAUACAAAGUUUACGACAUUAUUGUGAAUAUUUUAAAAAUUAUAUCAUAUUUCGAAUUUAUAAAAAAUUUUUUCUUUGUUUUUUUUUUCAAUUAGGUGCUAAGUUCGGUUAUCCAGACGCUAUAAUCUCUUCACUUGAUGAUUAUAUUCCAAAAAGUGAAAUAUAUCAUAAAUUACCAUAUGGAAAAUUGUUAUUUGAAUACGAAGAUCCGAAAAUAAUAUGUCGUUGGAUUCGAUAUUUAUCACCAAUACGUAUGUAUUUGUAUGGAAAUGAACAAGUUAUACCAAACGAAUGGUGUAAACAAAUGAUUGCACAUGAAGCCGAUCAUUCUGGUAGACUUAUUGUUAAUGAUGAUGACUGGUAUACAUUUCUUGAAAAUGAAUCAAUUAAUGAUAAUAUUAAAUGGAAUUUUGCAGCUAAACAUGGGCGAACAUGGAAAACAACUCAAUUAACACCAAUUAAUUUAAUUAGUCUAGAAGAUAAUAUUCGUUUUCGAUCUUGUCUGCGACGUGCAAAUAUUACAUAUUAUUCUCGUAUGUCGAUUGUUAGUGUACAAAUCUUUGAUUGGUUCGAUGAAUGUUUAGAAUAUGAUUAUAUCAAGAGUGAGGUAUAUAUAUAUUUCUCAUUUAGAAAUAAAAGUCUUUCCUUUUUAUACAUAUCGAAUUCAUUAUAUACAUUUAUGUUGUCUACUAAGAUAAGAUCUGCAGCAAAUAAUACUACGUCCAAACAUUAUGAUGAUUGAAAACUUAAAAACAAAAAUUCCAUAGAGUUUGAAAUGAUUCCAAUUUUUAUAUUUAAUUAAAACAAUAUUAUAUUGUAAAUCUAAAACAGAAAAAUAGUUCUUUCAAAAAAAUUAUAGUGAAUGAAAGUUUUAAGAUAAGUGUAGCGACUCCUUCCCUUCAUAACAAUGGGUGUUAAUGAUCAGAGACUAACGAAUACAUUUUUCCUACCCGUGUGAGUAAGAAAAAAAAGACCAACGAUCAUUUGGUGUGCUGCUUUAUCAACCGAGGACAAUAGCUGUCAAAUUUCUUUCCCAUAAUCGCUUAGCAACGGAAAACAGUUAUGGAAGGCAAUGCUAACAACGCUUAGACUAUUCUAGAACAUUCCAAAGUCACAUUUUCUCGAAACUUCAAUGACAAAAAUACGACUGUGAAUAUUCUAAACAAUGCAUAGUUUCUGAUUUUUGUGCAGAUAAAAAUUCAUAGUAAAGACGUCAAAGAUGAUAGACAGUGAUGCAUUGAUUUGCUACGGUGGUUAUUAUGAUCAACAUAAAAAGAAUGAAAUAAACAAUAAUAAUGUUUCUGAGUUUAUCAAGACACAUAUCACUGGGUUGCGACCAAACUGUAGAUAUAAUGAAUAUGUACAAUAGGCUUAUUUGCCAGUUAAAUCAAUAACUAGAAUAAUAAUAAUGUUAGAUGAAGAAAAGCAGAAUACAAAAAAAUAAAUAAAUAACGAUCGCAUAGUAACAAGGCAAAUAAAAGAUCAAAAACGUAUUCAUAGAACUUUUCUUUUACUUUUAAACUUUACUGUUCAAGAAUUUUUCAGACACUUAGGCUAAAAAUGGACUAUUUAAACGUUUAAAUGUUUCUUUUUCAAUAUACUUCAAGCUACAAAAUCUCGAAAUCCUAUGAUUUGUAAGAGAAUUUUGUACUGUUCCAGAUAAUGGAAAAACCUUUUGUAGCUAAUGAUGUUUUCUUCAUUGUGCAAAUCAACAUCUAGAAAUUCAGCAUAUUUCUAUUAGUCGACUGUAUUUGAGAAAAUUCGUUCCUUCAUGCAAAGAUGACAAUCCUUUACUAUCGAAUGAAAGAGCACAUCGUCAUCUACAACGAAGGAUGAUGGAAGAAAAUCCUAAGAAUUCAACCAUUGACACAAAAUCAUACUUUAAAAAAGUGCAAAUACGUUUUGUUUUAUCUUUAAUUAACUGUCAUUCAACAUGAAGAUGACAUAUAAUCAUUUCUCAUAUCAAUUACAAAAUUUAAUCCUAUACCAUAUGAAAUUGUGUACAUAAAGGAUAUAGAUCUGCGGGACCGAAGUUUUUUUUGGCUGCCCAUCCCGGCAACUUCUUUUCUAGUGAUCCUGCGCAUCUCUAGUAGUGACUGUUACAAUCAGUAUGAACUAGUAUUACUCACAAUUUUUCUCCGAAUUGUACUGUUCGCCUUAGGUGAGCCAAACUCUUUUACAUUCAAUAUAACACGUUUUAAAUCACAUCGAUUAUGACAAACUUCAAUUUACGGAAGUUGAAUUCAUUUCAAUCAGCUAUAGUACCUAGAUUCACUUUGCAUUAUUAUCUGAAGAAAAUUCUAGAAAAAUUUGAAAUACAGGGUGUCCCAAAAGUAACGAUACCGAAAGAAAAAAUUGAAUAUCUCAAUUACGGCUCGGGUAAACGGGCUGAUCUUUUUAUCGUUAGUAAAGGUAUGUUCACACUUCAUAU